CAUGCAAAGUUUUGCAAAUUCUCUCUGUUCUCUGAAUCAUUUACUUUUGCAUGCCUCCAUUAAUCUUACUGAAUGUCUCUCUCUCCUUUACAAUUUUGAUUGUUGGAGAGAGAUAUUUAUAAGCAGAACACGAUUAAUUAAUAGGUAAUAAUAUGAGAAAGGUUAUUUUUUAUUUAAUUUGUAAGUGAUCAUAAAAUUAUUUUUUCUCGACCUCGAGAGAAACAAUCAUCAGAAGGGGGAUUAAUUAGCAAAAAUGGCUAGCCUAAUUAUACCUCCUGUCUUAACUUCGCCCCGUGAUGAUGCCGCACUUCUUCAUAAAGCUUUUAAAGGAUUUGGAUGUGAUACUGCAGCAGUUAUCAACAUCCUUGCCCAUCGUGAUGCAGCUCAACGUGGUCUUAUUAAACAGGAAUACAGAGUUAUGUAUUCUGAAGAGCUUAUUAAUCGCUUAUCCAAAGAGCUUAGUGGCGACAACAAGAAAGCAUUCUUGCUAUGGAUGCACGAUCCAGCAGUAAGGGAUGGGACUAUAGUCAGGCAGGCGUUGAGUGGCGUUGUUGCUGAUCUAAGAGCUGCUACUGAAGUAAUAUGUUCUCGUACUCCUUCCCAGAUACAAUAUUUCAAGCAAGUCUAUUAUACCAUGAACAAGGUUUACCUUGAGCACGAUAUUGAGUCGCGGACAUCUGAUGAUCACAAAAAGUUGCUUUUAGCAUAUGUACGUACAGUACGCUAUGAAGGACCAGAAGUUGACAAUGUUAUGGUGGAACGUGAUGCGAAAGCUCUAUAUAAAGCAGGGGAGAAAAGAUGGGGUACGGAUGAGAAGAUAUUCAUACGCAUCUUUAGUGAAAGCAGCACUGCACAUUUGGCUGCUGUUAGUUAUGUUUAUAAGAGCAAGUAUAAGAACAAGUUGAGAACUGCAGUAAAAAAAGAAACCUCAGGGCUCUUUAGAUUUGGGCUCUUGAGUAUCUUGAGAUGUGCUAAGAAUCCAGCAAGCUAUUUCGCGAAGCAAUUGCAUAAGGCUAUGAAGGGCUUGGGAACGAAUGAUGCAGCUCUUAUUAGAAUAAUAGUAACACGAGCAGAGAUCGAUAUGCAAUAUAUAAAAGCAGAGUACCGAAAAAAAUACAAGAAGUCUCUGAACGAUGCUGUUUACUCCGAGACUUCUGGAAAUUAUCGGACUUUCCUUUUAUGUCUUUUGGGGCCAAAUUACUAGAGCGCGAACAUGAUCGCUAAAAAAUGAUUGUAUUUAUACUGUAUAAAAUUAAAUGGCUUUUUGAAGUUCA